AUGUCGCAAAAAAGUAAACAAAAACAAGAACAACCAUUAUUUAGUAGUACAGAUCAACAACAUCAUAAUUUACCAACCCAACAGCCUAAUCAACAAGUCUUCAUUAAGAAUGAUGGUCAAAUACCUUAUGCAUAUGAUUAUUGGGCUGGUCAACCGCCGGCUCCCUGGAAUCCAUCAAUGCAACAAUUGCAGUAUGAUCCAAAUCAACAAAUGGCGUAUAAUUAUCCAAUGGGUCAACCCGGUCAGCCACAAUAUCCAACAAAUUAUGGGCCUCCACCUGUUCCAAUGUCGACGAAUUUUAUUCCAAAAAGUUCUAUUUCUCUACCUCCUGCUCCGCAAGGUCGUAAUCUAUUAGAACCCAUUGCAGCUCCUUCGGUCUACGGCAACUAUAAUCCUUCUACUGUUCCGAUGGCACCAAACUACGCUCAACCGCAGGUUGCUCCUGGUAUACCAUCGCAACCUAUUGCUUCUGUUGUACCACAGCAACAAAUUGCUCCUAGUAUGCCUCAUCAACCCAUUCAAUCUGGCAUACCUCUACAGCUCAUACAACCUGAUAUGCCUCAGCAACCCAUGUACCAUGGCGCACAACCACCAUACAAUGCAUAUUAUCCAUACUAUUAUCCACACGCUCAACAUUCUCCACGUCAUCAGCAUUAUUCACCAUCGCACUAUUACCAUGAUUGGGAACAUUUACCACAUAUUCGACGAAAGCGUCGACGUCGGGAAAAUGAAGAAUCCAAGCGACAUCAUCAUUACGAUCCUAUCAUCGAUACUUUUAGGGGUCAACAUCAUGAUGUUGGGCAAUCCCAUAGAGGGAAUCGGUGGUACAAUUGA